CGGUGUGUCUAUGUGUCAUGUACGUGCGUUCAGUUUCAUAGCAGCAAGCCAUCGCGCAUCUAAUAUUUUUAUUUCAUUAUUAUAACCCAUGUGCAGAGUACAAAACAUCCUCGCAUGUUUCCAACGUUUUAUUUCAUUCUGUCAAUGAGAUAUACACAAAUAUCCAUAAAUAAAGUUCUCUACGUAAUUCGCAAAAGUGUGUACAGUGUAUGAAAAAUUAGGCGUUUCUUUCUUGUGGAUAUAUGAAGUUGAAGCUUCACGGGUUUGACAGUAUUAUUUCGUUAUUUUUUUUACUACGGAAUAAUAAACAAUGACGAACAAACUAUUGUUCUUCCUCGUGACAAUCGUCAUUUUUGAAAAACAAGUAUUAGGUGAUCGGAUGCUUUGCUACAGAUGCAAUAGCAAUCAGCCUGGAUGUGGAACACCCUUCAACUGGCUUUGGUAUUGGGGCGAAUGGUGUCCAGAAGAUACAGACCCUUGCGUCAAAGUAAUCGAACGAAAAGGAUCUGAAGAAAUCAUAACGAGAGAAUGUUUGAGCGCAUUGAAAGGCUUCCGAACAGAUAUUCCAGCUGACAAGUACGAGGGAUGUCGUCCAGCAGCGAAAGACGUUCGACUGGGUCACUAUGUAAAUAACAGUAUAACUCAACUUGAUAUUCACCGUGAUUAUUAUGAUGAAGUCACAUGGUGUUUCUGUUUCUUCGAUAACAGAUGUAACUCUGCCACUGUUAUGAAAAUUUCAGCUUUGAUAAUUAGCCUCGUAGCCGCUAUUCAUUACAUCGUAGCAUAAAAUUCGAGAAGUCUCAUACGUAUGAGCAAUUUUUUACAUACACGAUAAACGAUCAGCAAAUCUGUGUUUAUGUAUAUAUAAGCCCGGGGGUAAAAAUGUUUGAAAAAGCGCUUUCAAGACCAAACUUGGAAAAAAAAAUUUAUUCACACAACUAUGGACAAACAUCAUUUUCAAUGUAGACAAGUAACACGAUAAAAAGUUUCAAUAGAUUUGCCAAGUUCAUUUAUGGAACUGUAUAUAUUCGAAUUUUUUUUUCACAUCAAAUUGUUCAAUUAUGAACAUAAAUAUAGAAAUAUGUGUAAAGUAAAUAAUAACUUGAUAAACGAUUCGUUUAUCGUACACGAUACUGACUGGAUGAUUUGUUGAGACUAUGUAUUAGUCCGUCGAAACGAGAAUAUCGACAGGGAAAAGAAUUCCGUCCAUCUUUAUAUGCUUAUGGCGAUUAUAGGAUUUUAUACAAUUUUUUAUUAAUGUUGUAUCGAUAGGAAAUGUUUAUCGAAGGAUUUUUGUGUAUUAUACAUAUUAAUUUCCGUCCAAAACGAUUUUAAAUGGAGUACGCGAUCUCGAUUUUUUUUUACUCUGGGUUUGUCGAAUCCUCGAAGUUUUUGCAGAAUAAUUUGUAUUUUUUUCAUUCAAUCUAUUCUCAGUUUAAAUGAUAGAAGAAUGACGAGAAAAAUAGUUUUAUGGAAUUAAGAUAUCGUUAACAAUGACACACACGAACGAGAUAUGAUUUCGUAUCGUAAAGAACGUUGUUCAACGAACCAAUGUACGAAUACUUUUCUAGGAUUAUACAAUAAAAAAAAAAAGAGCGUUGAU